AUGGGCAGCCCAAUCAGCCCAAUAAUUGCUAAUUUCUUUAUGGAAAGAUUUGAAGAAAAAGCGCUAGAGUCAUCAGUUCUGAAGCCCGCAGUAUGGUUUCGUUAUGUGGACGAUACAUUUGUUGUUUGGAAACAUGGACGAGACAGCCUAGAUGACUUCCUUCAUCACCUUAAUACACAGAGCCCGAGCAUAAAAUUUACCAUGGAAACCGAAGAAAACAACCAACUGGCCUUUCUCGAUGUGCUUGUCAAGAGAAAUGGAGACCAUUUGGAUCACACGGUGUAUCGAAAACCCACUCAUACAGACCGGUACUUGCACAAACUGUCAAAUCACCAUCCAAGCCAAAAACACGGGAUUAUCGGAACACUAGCAAAUAGAGCAAGACGCAUUUGUGCUAAGGAUCACAUACAAGAGGAACUAAGUCACUUAAAUAAAGCCUUUCUUGCUAAUGGGUAUAAUGAGAAAGAAAUAAAGGCGGCGCUAGCACCUAGGCAGAGGAGACUUGACGUCAAUGAACAGAAUAACACCGUUAAUAAGGCCUUCCUUCCAUAUGUCUCCCAGGUCACCGAUAGGAUUGGAAAAGUUCUCAGGAAACACAACAUCAAAACAAUAUACAAACCUACCCGGAAAAUAAAGGACUGCUUGAGACCAGCCAAAGAUAAAAGGGUACCAUUAUCCUCUGCAGGGAUCUACCGUAUACCUUGUUCCUGCGGUAGCGUAUACAUUGGAACUACCAAACGUUCAGUAGGAACGAGACUUACGGAACACAAGAGAAGCUGCAGGUUAUGGCAAACAGACAAGUCGGCCGUAGCAGAACAUGCUCUAAGAUAUGGUGACCACAAAAUCCACUUCGAAGUCACCCAAGUCAUUGCCACAACAUCUGGAUAUCAUCCUCGUCUGGUCAGGGAAGCUGUUGAAAUUCACAAACAUCCAAAUAAUUUCAACAGGAAGGAAGAAACUCACUACCUAAACAGAAUUUGGCAUCCAGCUAUAUCUAGGACCAAGGUAGCAGUACAGAGAAGUAGACCAGUUCCGGAAGAACCACCACCGGAACAAGCCACGCCCCCUCCGCCGACGCAUAAAUUCUAA